UAAGACAAUGCAUGCACCAAAGCUCCCACAGAACACUUUCCUUAUCUUUUCACUCAUGCCCGUUCUGCUCAGUGCUCACACGAUUCAGUCACCGACAUGAAGCUCCGAACUCCGUCUCUACUUCAUCUCAUUCACGUCACUUCAUUGCUACUCAUCGCAUCCGAGUCGACUCAACCUCCCUUCUCCUGCGACUCAUCCGACCCACGAACCAAUUCCUACCCUUUCUGCAGAACCACACUCCCCAUCACCCAACGCGUUCAAGAUCUGGUUUCCAGGCUCACAUUAGAUGAAAAAAUAUCCCAACUCGUUAACUCAGCUCCGGCUAUUCCAAGACUCGGCAUUCCGGACUAUCAAUGGUGGUCCGAAGCUUUACAUGGAGUAGCCUAUUCUUUGAGGGUCACGCAAGGCAUUCGUUUCAACGGAACAAUUCGAUCAGCCACUAGUUUCCCUCAAGUCAUUCUCACCGCUGCAACCUUCGAUGCUCACCUCUGGUAUCGCAUUGGCCAGGCAAGUCCUUUAAAGUACUGCAUGUUCUAUGUUCGACUAAAGGCGGUUGGAAUAGAAGCCAGAGCAAUUUACAACGUUGGACAAGCAAAAGGGAUGACAUUUUGGGCACCAAAUAUCAAUAUAUAUAGGGACCCGAGGUGGGGGAGAGGGCAAGAAACACCUGGUGAGGAUCCUAUGGUUACUGGGAAAUAUGCAGUGUCAUUUGUGAGAGGAUUACAAGGGGAUUCUUUUGAAGGUGGGAAACUUGGUGAACAUCUUCAAGCUUCUGCUUGUUGUAAGCAUUUUACAGCUUAUGAUUUAGAUAACUGGAGAGGAAUGACAAGAUAUGUAUUCAAUGCAAAAGUUAGUUUACAGGAUUUAGCAGAUACAUAUCAGCCACCAUUCAAGAGUUGCAUUCAACAAGGGAAUGCCAGUGGGAUAAUGUGCGCUUACAAUCGUGUUAAUGGAGUCCCCAACUGUGCUGAUUAUGAUCUGUUGUCGAAAACAGCCCGAGGCCAGUGGGGUUUCAAUGGGUACAUCACCUCUGACUGUGAUGCUGUCUCCAUCAUUCAUGAAGAUCAAGGAUAUGCUAAACUGCCAGAGGAUGCUGUAGCAGAUGUUCUUAAAGCCGGAAUGGAUGUCAACUGUGGUACCUAUUUGAAGAAAUACACCAAAUCAGCUGUUGAAAAGAGAAAAUUGCCUGUAUCUGAAAUAGAUAGAGCCCUUCAUAACCUUUUCUCUGUCAGAAUGAGGCUCGGGUUUUUCAACGGUAAUCCAGUAAGACAGCCUUUCGGUAACAUACAUUCGGAUCAGGUUUGUUCUCACGAGCAUCGGAAUCUUGCCCUUGAAGCUGCUCGGAAUGGCAUUGUUCUUCUGAAAAACACUGACAAGCUCCUUCCACUUUCGAAAACCAAAACUACUUCCCUUUCAGUAAUAGGCCCUAAUGCUGAUUCUGCAAAAACUCUCAUUGGAAACUAUGCAGGCCCUCCUUGCAAACCCAUUACGCCAUUGCAAGGAUUGAAAAACUAUGUUAAAGACAUCAGGUAUCACCAAGGUUGUGAUGCAGUCAACUGUUCUUCUGCUUUCACUGCUCAAGCAGUGAAUAUGGCAAAGGGAACAGAUCAUGUGGUGUUAGUAAUGGGAUUGGAUCAAACCCAAGAGAGAGAAGAUCACGAUCGUGUUGACUUGGUUCUUCCACCAAAGCAACAAAACCUGAUAUCCACCAUUGCAAGAGUUGCUAAGAUUCCAGUCAUUUUGGUGCUUCUAUCAGGAGGUCCGAUUGACAUAUCGUUUGCCAAAAACGAUAAACGCAUCGGAGGCAUUCUAUGGGCCGGUUAUCCAGGUGAAGUCGGAGGUCGUGCACUUGCAGAAAUUAUAUUUGGUGAUCACAACCCUGGAGGGAGGUUACCAGUUACUUGGUAUCCGCAAAAUUACGUUAAAAUACCAAUGACAGACAUGAGAAUGCGUCCCGAACCAUCUUCCAGCUAUCCCGGUCGCACCUAUAGAUUCUACCAAGGACCCAAGGUUUUUGAAUUUGGUUAUGGUCUGAGCUACUCAAACUAUAUUUACCAGUUUCUCCCUAUGACACAAAACAAGGUCUAUUUAAACAAUCAGUCAAGUUCUCAGAUAGUUGAGAACUCAAAUCCUCUCAGAUACAUGCUAGUUUCAGAGAUGGGAACAGAAGUUUGUGACAAGAUGAAGUACCCUGUCACGCUUAGAGUUCAAAACGAUGGCAUCAUGGCGGGAAAGCAUCCCCUAUUGCUAUUUGUGAGGCCGGAAAAAGCAAGUAAUGGGAGGCCAGUGAAACAAUUAGUAGCAUUCCAGAGUGUUAAUCUGAAUGCAGGUGAAAGUGCCGAUAUUGAAUUUGAGUUGAGGCCAUGUGAGCAUCUUAGCUCAGCCAAUGAAGAUGGUUUGAUGGCAAUACAAGAAGGGUCUUAUUUGUUGAGCAUUGGAGACAGAGAAUCAGAGAUUCAAGUUGUUCUAUGAUACAGAUCAUAUCUACCGUAUCCAAUAAACAGAACUUUUAAAUCCAUCUUUACUUACAAGUUAUGAGUAGAAGUUUCGUUUUGUAUUGUCUUGGUAGAUUCAUCAGGUGAAAAGAACAGCAAUUACUCAAAAAAAUACUUCUCAGACAGAAACCAUAACAUUCAAAGGAAUAAGCUAU